CUUGUACAUAUGCUUCCCCAUUUUGCUUAAAAAUUUGUGCCGAACCAGUUCAUACGAAUGGUCUCCCAUUUUCACCACGAAAAACGUUCCGUAUUACCGUGAGCUACUCAUUUUUCACAUUUUCGCUCAAAUGUCUUUACGUAAUAGACCCCCUUGAUCGACACUUAAAUUCGGAUUUACUGGGUUUGGACUUUAUAAAUCUGGAAUUUAGGGUACGAUGAAGAUGUAGUCAAACUGCCUUAGUCAGUCUUAGUAGACUUUUAAGAUACUACACGAGGAAUGUGUUAAAAGUAUUAAUGAUCUGUUUUUCAAUUGCCUUUGAUAUUUGCACCGUAAUCAAAGCGUGACAUUACGGUCAACCAUGGCAUCUGUAAACGAAUCGAGUAUACAUGGAAUGGAACCCACGCCUUCUCGACUAGAUAAUUCAGAAAAUGAAGCAAAUUGCAGAUGCGAGUCACCAAAGCGUGGCACGACUUUAUCCACGAGUACAAGCAGUUUCGAAGCAUUGGAUCCGCACGAUCCUAAUCUCAGCCGAUUAGCAAACGCCAUGUUUCAAAAAACAGGAGAGUACCUUCAGGAAGAAUUGACUGCCACACAUGCGGACUACAAAUUAUUGGAGAAAUUAAAUAAGGAAACAAUUGAGAAAUAUUCAGAGUUGAAAACUGUCUCAUCAAACGUAGCUCAGUCUCUGGAAUUGCUAAAUCAAAAGUAUAGAAAAUUACAGCCUAUUUUGGAUAAUAUUAAUCAAAUUGAUGAUAGCGUGACAAAGUUGGAACAGGCAGCAUAUAAACUUGCAGCUUAUUCGAAAAGGUUAGAAAUCAAGUUUAAAGAUAUAGAGAAAGACAGUAGAAGCAAGUAAUGACGGUUGAUCGUAAUGUAAGUAUUAAAUUCAUUAUCAAAGAGCACUGGUGAGUCUUGCGUGCUUUAACCAUUUACCCACUAUGUGGCACAAUCGUAUUGCUUGAACAUAUCGAAAACAUUUGUUAUAUAUUGUAUAUAAAUUGUUGGAUUCAAUUGUUUCUAGUAUGUAAUUUCAUUUGCAAAUGUUUAUGUAAGUAAAAAUGUGCAUUAUUAUUAUAUCGACUCGUAGCAUUGAAAUGAUUAGUGAUUAAAUGGAUAUAACUUUUUUAAAGUAAAGUAUAUCCUCCCCGCUAUAUGAAUUAAGAUAUUGCAUAGCGAGCAUACCGUGCGUAUUUUCAAAGUAAUCAUCAAUGCGCGGUUUGAUCCAUUUUAUACGUUUCCUGACUAAGUUGGUGAAAAAUUUUAACUAUUACAAUAUUGCUGCAGCAAUUGUUUGUUCGAAGGAUAAUAACGUAUAAGCAUUUAUUUAAUAAAUCAGCUAAACUUGGGUGAAGCACUCGAUAAGAAACAAAAACAUUGUUAACAUUUUACAUUUCAAUACAGUUUUGAAGGCAAUAUUGCAGUCAGAUUCCAAAUUGAACCACGUAGCACUCCAUAGCAGUUGCUCAUAAAAUGUGGAUAAUUCAUUUAAUAUCCAUAUAAACUCUGCAUGUAUAUAAUUAUUCGAGUUACCGCAUUUAUGAGGAAAGUAAUAAACUAAAGAUUAAGAAAUUGACAUGUAUAGUUAUCUGUAAAUACGUCACUUUUAUAGAGGAUUUAUUUUAACAAUUUAAUUCAGAAAUUAUCAUGUAGAUUUCAAAUUGUCUGAACUUUUUAACUCAAUUUGAAGCCAACGAGGCAGAUGUGUAUUCUAGAGACAGAGUUUCCAAGUUUAUAAGAGUCUGACUAUUGAAAAUGCAGUAGAAGAAUAGGAAUCGAUAGAAUAUUAUCGUUAAUUCUAUUAUUAUGUAGUAGAUGUACAAUAAUUACAGUGCAUACAAUGAUAAAAUAAUGACAUAAAUGUUUUAUAUAAGAAAGAUCAUUUUAUUUUAUACAAUUGUGUUCAUACUGGUUCUUAAAUUCUUGAAUGUUUUUAUACCUACUUAUAGAAGUUACUAAUUUAUGAGAUAAUUAUGUACCAAUCGUAUCGGCUUAUUUUCAUGUGUUACUACUUUAAAUAUAUUUAAUCAACAAAACUUGCUCCGAGAAGCUUCUUUUCGUGUACUUAUCUUUCCUUUAUCUGGGCACUUAGGGGGGAACGGUCCUACCUUAGACCGUAUAUAUCUAGACGUCGCUGUGGACCUCCCACUCCCAAGUUUUCAGUAAGCAGGUACAUUGGUUUACCCCUUCCACUACAUGGUCUAAAAUCUGAUUGGGACCGAUCUUUUGACACGUAUACAUGCAAUGCACUCUAGUUGUGUCCAACAUAUUCGAAUUUAUCCCUUUGAUUGCAACGCGAGGUCUAGAUAUCUAUGAUGUAAGGAUACUACUCGAAAAAUUCCGCGUUGACUAGGCUGCCACGUAACGUGCCGUUGCCGUGCCUUGGCAUGGAAGCCACGGUAUCGCGAUUUUGACAUCAAGCAACCUCAUCCCAAUAACGUCAAGCGUUAGUCAAUGAAAAUGUCAUACUUCGCUUAAAGAAACAAAGACUUUGUUACUAGUUUAAUUCAUUAGAAAACAGAUAUUUAUCGUACUAUACAACAAAAGAACUCGAUACUUAUAAGUUUUGAGCGUAUAUUGCAAUCAUGAAGUAAUGUAAUGAGACAUAACACCAAUUCGGUCGGGACCCAGUAUCUCAGAUUUUUACUGGUCUCUAACGAUCUGAGCGCUACUUGAGGAAAAUGAGGGAACUCCGAUACUAUGCGACAAAAACAUUUCCUACCGACGUAAAUUACCUAAAAUGCUUUUAAUUUUACAAUGUUGGUACGCAAAGCAAAACGAUAAUCCGUGCAUAAUAUACAGAAUGUAAUGUUUUUUACGCGAUAGAGACUAGCAGACACGAUAACGGAUGAUAAUUUUUAAUUGCAAAAUUUGAUUGAGGUACUCUCGGCCCUAGAUCGGAAAAAACUUGAAGAUCUUGCACCCCUAAAGUGCGAACGAUUUCAAUCCGUGGCAUUGUAUCUCCUUAUACUACUUCGUAGACGUUACUUACCGGUUUGAGAAUGUUUUAUCGAUAAAUAGUUUAAUACAGACUCUAUACGCGAUUCCAUGAAUGUAAUUCUACAAAUGUUUUAGAAGCAAGAUACGGGCACGAUCUAAUAACGUAACAAUUCUUCCUGCAAAUUAACGGCAGAGGCUCCCGAAAAAACUCUGUCCCGUAAUUUUGAACCGAUUUACCUUUUUAAUAGCUCGUUUUCAAAAGGAGAAAAUUGCCGGGGGCUAUAUAUUUGGAAUUUUCUAUUUUAGUUUUGGUUCAAUUGUAUAGCUCCGCAAAAGAUACGAGAUUGCUACAAUUUUGUCCUCAUUAGGACACAUCCUUAAAAAAGGAAAUCGGCCCAACAUUACGGAGCUGAGAAUGUAUUUCCCUUAACUUGAAACCUUUGUCGAUUCUCGACUAAUUCAUUUGAAAAUAAGCGUUGA